AUGGCCUCGGAUCUGAAGCGAGAAAAGAUUGGCGACCAAUCGUUAUCAGACCAUGCCGAGACCGAUUACGCUCACUUGGACCAUCCAGGACGACCGUCCGAGGCCACGGCGGUUGAUGAGGAAGAGAGAAAGCGUCUAGAGGCUUCGCGCAAGCUGGAGAACCCUCUUGCUGGCUUCACGCCUGAACAGUUGAGUCGAAAAGGCGAGGACUACUGUCAACAACAUGGCAUUACCGACCAAGAAGACAUUCGGGCUUUUCGCCUUGGCGCCAUGAUCGCUGGAAAUAUGAACAAGUACGAUAGCAUGACGGAGAUCACUGCCGAUGAACGAGCAGUGCUUGACGGCGAGUCUACUCACAAGUGGCGGAACCCCAAGAUGCUCUAUGGCGUUGUUGCCGUUUGUUCAUUCUGCGCUGUCGUCCAGGGUAUGGACGAGACUGUUGUCAAUGGCGCCCAGUCCUUCUACAAAAAGCAGUUCGGCAUCGGAGGAGAGACUGAGCGAGACACCUGGCUUCUUGGCCUGACAAACUCUGCUCCAUAUCUCUGCUGCGCCGUCAUCGGUUGCUGGCUUACAGAACCUAUGAACAAGCGGUUCGGCCGCCGUGGUACCGUCUUUAUCUCCUGUCUCAUCUCUGCCCUCGCCUGUUUCUGGCAGGCUUUCACCAAUACUUGGUGGCAUAUGUUCAUCGCUCGUUUCUUCCUCGGUUUCGGCAUUGGACCCAAGUCUGCCACCACUCCCAUCUUCGCCGCCGAAUGUGCGCCUCCUCGCCUGCGUGGCGCCCUCGUUAUGCAAUGGCAACUGUGGACAGCCUUUGGCAUUAUGAUGGGAUACGUUGCCGAUUUGGCUUUCUACUACGUGCCUGACAGAGUUGGUAUUGUCGGCCUUAACUGGAGGCUGAUGAUGGGCAGCGCCAUGCUACCUGCUGUUUUUGUCUGCGCAUGCUGCUACAUGUGUCCCGAGUCCCCUAGAUGGUACCUGACCAAGAACCGCCACUCCGACGCCUACAAAUCCAUGUGCCAGUUACGCUUCAAGAAGGUACAGGCUGCCCGCGAUCUCUUCUAUGCCAAUGCCCUUCUACAAGCCGAGAAGGAGACACAAGGCAUCGGUAAACACAACCGUUUCCUAGAGUUUAUUACGGUACGCCGUAAUAGAAACGGUAUGAUUGCGAGUGAGGUUGUUAUGUUUAUGCAACAAUUUUGCGGCGUGAACGUCAUAGCUUAUUACAGCUCUGAGAUCUUCCUGGCGGCCGAGUUCAGCGAAGUAAGUGCCUUGUCGGCGUCCCUUGGCUUUGGCAUCAUCAACUGGCUCUUCGCUCUUCCGGCUUUCUACACGAUUGAUACUUUCGGACGGCGCAACUUACUCUUGACAACCUUCCCAUUGAUGGCCAUCUGUCUUUUUUUUACUGGAUUCUCAUUCUAUAUACCUACAAACCCCGCCAAGAUCGCUUGCAUCGCCUUGGGCAUCUAUCUCUUCGGCAUGGUCUAUUCCCCUGGCGAGGGACCGGUACCUUUCACUUACUCGGCCGAGGCAUACCCGCUGUACAUCCGCCCCAUCGGCAUGUCUCUGGCGACGGCCACGACGUGGUUCUUCAACUUCCUCCUUGCCGUCACCUGGCCUUCUCUUCAGGCGGCCUUUACGCCGACGGGCGCCUUUGGGUGGUAUGGCGGUUGGAACAUCAUCGGCUUCUUCCUGGUGUUGCUGCUCGUCCCGGAGACUAAGGAGAAGACCCUCGAGGAGCUGGACGCCGUGUUCAGCGUUCCACUGCGGACUUUUGCGCGGUACGGGCUCGCGCAGUUCUUCUACUUUUGGAAGAGGUACAUCUUUAGGCAGGACAUUAGCCCGCCUGCUGUGCCGCAUGCUGGAGGGGUUGACUAUCAUCGGGACUCGUUCAAGCAGGAGAAGCAGCACAACCCGACUGCUCGUGUUUAA